AUGUCGAAACAUAUUUCCAUUCCCCUAGAACAAACCUCUCUUCUCGCCGGCUCCGAGAAUAUGGGCUAUUCAACUACCAAAGUGAAGCCCAAACUGCACAUUAUCAUUCCGCCAUACUCUCAUCCUGUGGUCGGACAGGCCGCAUCAGACGACGAUCUUAUUAUCACAAUGGAAGAAACUAGCUACGGCAGCGGUGUAUCGGUGAUUUAUACCCCGUGCACGAGGACAGUAUAUUGCGACUAUUGUCUUGAGCAAGGACUCGACCACAAUCUGCAGGCUUACCACCAGCGAAGGCGGAGCACGGAGACCGACCGUGACAGUGCCACGUUUGAUGUGUAUCUCUCUUUCUAUUCUUGCAUCCUUGGUAUCAUUGUGUUUCUGUUGCUGUUUUUCCUUUAUUAUAGUGGGCGCGUGGAUAUGUAUUCCAACAACAUGAGUACAGACCUGUAUACACACAACUCUGUUCUCCCCAAGAGUCUGGGGCUAGAUAUUUACUUGUAG